AUGUUUGUGAAUAUUCUCGUGCCAUUUUUCCCAUACUUUUUUGUUCGCGUCAAGGUUUACGACAAGCCAUCCGAAAGCUCCCCCACGUAUAGUGGGGUAGGGAAUGAUCCGUUCAACAAAGGUGCCUUAAUGAAUUCUGCUUUCGUGGAAGCACUUAACUGGUUUCCCUUCCACUGCGUCACAUUUCAUGACGUCGACCUUUUGCCUCUGUCAGAUGAAGUACCCUACACGUGUGCCACGUUUCCUCGUCACGUGAGUGUACUGAUCGACAAGUUUCACAAUCGCUUACCAUAUGCUCAAUUAAUCGGUGGAAUUUUGACAAUCCCGGUGAAAAUGUACCUUCGCGUCAACGGAUUCUCUAACCUAUACUGGGCAUGGGGAGCUGAAGACGAUGAUAUGUACGAAAGGCUAAUGAUAAACAAAAUCCCAGUGACUCGUGCAGAUCCCAAAGUAUCUAUGUUUCGAAUGCUUCGACAUCGACCGAGUCCAGCCUUCCCAGCAGACUUGAGAUCGCAGAUCCUUUCCUUGGGUAAAUCUCGUUACCGACUUGAUGGCCUCAACAGUCUGAACUUUACGGUGGUCUCGCAGCAAGCCUACGCUUAUGAAAACCCAACUACUGGAAACUGUUCUACGGAAUGCAGCAAGGUGGAUAGAUUAAAGCCCAGAAUGAAUCGGAUGGUGCACAUGCGAAUCGACGUGGGACGACCUCCGAUUUGGCUAGUCCCACAACAAUGA